AUGGCCCUGGCGCUCUUACUCCUCGUCUCGUUCGCGUCGCUCGUCCAGCCCGUCGAGGGAAAGAUGACCGCCAUCAAGCGGACGUCGUCGGGGGGACCGCUUCGCCGAUCGACGCGAAACGUGGGCGGCCAGCCGCGGGCGCCGGAUGGCGACGGCCCGGCCGUCUCGAAGCGCACGUAUCGCGGCUCUUUCCAGCUCGACGGCGUGCCCUGGCAACGGCACAGGGACCCGAAGAGCGGCAAGGAGUACUACUUCAACGUCGCCACGAAGGAGAGCGCCUGGGACGAUCCGAGACGCGCGGCGCGGGAGACGGAGGAGGCGAGGCGCGGGGGUCCGUCCGGUGCCGGUCCGUCCGGUGCCGGUCCAUCCGGUGCCGGUCCGUCCGGUGCCGGUCCAUCCGGCGACACCCCGCGCGUCGUCAAACGCCCGGGCGACGCCCCGCGCCACCCCAAAUCGGCGGUGGAUUCGCGCCACCCGGCGGAGAAGUGGUACGGCUCAGGAGACCAAACGAGCCGGCGACCGAUGGACGCGCGCGAGGCGUUCCAGCGCAAAGCGGAGGCUCGCGAGCGCGUCCGCGCGGCGAAGAAGUUAGAAGCCGCGAGGCGCGCCGCGGGCGCGCCCCCGGCUCCCAAGCGCCACGGGGGACCCUUCUUCGUCAGCGGCGUCGUCGCAGUGUUCACCUUCUCCGUUCUCUCCUCCGUCGUCGCGUGGCUCGUUCGAUCGGUGCGUGCGGUGCGUUCAAUGCGAGGGCCGGGGGGGACGCAGGCGGCGGGCGGGGGGGUGGACGGCUCAGAUCCGCUCGCCGUGGAGCUUCGCGCGUUGGCGGGUACACAGCUGGCGAAGUGGUUUAAACGGACCAAGGAGCGUUUGCGGCGAAAAAUGCGUCAGUUGGCCGAGUUGGUCGCCGACGUCAAGUCGAGCCGGAGCGGCUCGGAUGCCUUCGCCAAGAUAUCGUGCGCCAUCACGAACGCGGAACGCGCCCCCGAGCUCGCCGCGCUCGGCAGGUUCCUCAUCGCGACGUACUACUUCAACCUGUGCGCGGACAAGUACGGCGAGUACGCGUGGCGGUGGCGAUACCGGGAAUACGCCGAGCGGUACGGGCUGACGAACGCGUCGGACGAGUUCAGCGGCGACACGGCCGUGACGCCCGUGGGGUUUCCGUGGAUCGCCGCGUUCGUGGUGACGUGCACGACGAUGAUGUGCCACGGCGUGUACCCCGUGAGAUGUUCGGCGUUCAUGUUGGCGUACGACGUGAUGGAUAACGUCGGGUUGUUCUUCGACGUCUUCGUGAGUAGACGAAGCGAGUUGAACGAGUUGGCGAUGAAGAAGAUCGCGCUGUUCGGGUGCACGUGUUUGCUCGUGGCGCACUUCGGCUGGCGGGGGGGCGUCAAGAGGGGGGACGAGCGUUACGACGAGCGUUACGAUCCGUUCGCGGCGCUGGCGACGGACGACGACCCGUUUGACGCUGUCGAAGGAAACCCGCGAAGGAGGGACGGACUUAACUUUGGCGCGAGGAAAUCCGCGAUACUCCUCGCCGCUCGAUGCGCGAUGGCCGCGCUCUUCUUCUUCGUCGGGUUGGCGCAGAUUAAGCGGAUCGUCGCGCGGGACUUUGCGCUCUUUGCCCGACGAUCGUCCGACGACGUCCUCCGAGGCGCGUACCGAGACGGCCACGACAACAACUGGCUCCUGCUUGAGUUUGCGCUCGCGGCGCCGCUCGCGGCCGGGUGGGGUGGGCACGUCGUGACCAGGGCGCUGACGCUGACGCUGUUCGCGGAGGCGUUCGGGUGCUGGAGGUUCUGGGCGCCGCGGACGUUUCGGCCGGACCACGCGAGGGCGCACUUCGUGACCAACUUGGCGUGCGGCGGGGGUUUGAUUUUGCUGCAGGCGUUCGGCUCGGGGCGGUACACCGUGGACAACUACGUGCAUAAACACAAGAAGAAGACGUGA